ACGACCGAUCCGGCGAGUCGAAGCAGAAAACUUUUCUAUUGUUUGUUAGCAGUAGGAGUAGCAACACCUCUUUUCACCAUUAGCAUUGUAAGGAUUUACAGUUCAAUGAUUCUAGACUACGGUAUAUUGGAGCUUUUCCAGUUUAACCGUUUUCAUCAUUCUUUUUAUUAUUCCUACUUCUGUCAUUUGUUUUUAUUGUUUUUGUUAUCAUUCUUUUCUUUAUAUUUUCCUUACAGAAUGACUGGUCUCAACGGUCGUCCAGAGGUCAUUGUGGAAGGAGCAGUGGAUCCCAAUGGACCAUGGAAGGAGUUUAGCUUUUAUUCGAAGCCUGGAAAUGUGUCUCAAGCCCCCAUUUUCGUUUUGCCUCAUCAACCGCGACUGGACUGGCAGCUGUGGUUCGCAGCUUUGGGUUCUUAUCGGUAUAACCCGUUCUUUUUAAGUUUGACGUACCAUCUGAUGGAGGACACCCCUGAAGUCUUGCGACUCAUGAGCCGUCCCCAGCCGUUCAAAGAGACCCCACGAUAUAUUCGUGCUCAACUUUACCAUUACCACUACACAACUCCCGGCGAAAAAAUCGAUUGGUGGACACGAGAACUUCAAUACGAAUAUAUGCCAACGUUCCCAAAACGGGAUGAAGUGUUGGUAGAUUAUCUUAAACGAAGUGGAUUACUUUUGACCAAAGAGUAUGGUACAACAAAUAUUUUGGAUCUGUUACUUUUGAGGUUACAUUCUUUUGUUUACGCUAUCGAUCAAGCGAUAUUUGUAUGGGGUAUGAUUUCUAGUUGCCUUAUAAUUAUUGCUCACAAAUUCUUAUCAAGUUUUAUCCCCUUUAGCCUUUUUUCACUGCCUAAUGUUUGA